CGCGCUUGAAGGGAAACGCGUUCGUUUUGGUCAUUGCGAGGACGAUGGCAUUCGUCUUUUUGAGCAUUUCGGAGAGGAGAUGCCAAUAAACAUGCAUGGGGGUCACAGCAGUCAAGACGGGUGGGCGUUAACGAGAAGAAAAUGUGUUGUCGUGGGCUCAAAAGGGCCUUAAUCUGUCUGCAGGCCAAUAAGAAUUCGCAAGUGUGCCUUGACGAUGCAAAUGUCGUCAAGCUAUUUGUAAGUCAGGACAACAGCUCGCACAUUGAGAAAAAGGCCCCCACGAUGUAUGAACCUGUCCAUGUAAUGUCCAUCCGGAUGCAGCAUUCAUUUGAAGCCAGUCGCGGAUGCGCCAUUCCAGUUCAUUGUUCACCCCACGCCCACGCAUCACUCCAUUCACCAAAUGGCAUCACCUCUUUUGUUCAAAAUGCUGUCAAAUCCACUAGUGUUAAAGAGUUUUUCUGUCCAUUUCAGUGCAUGCCAAUGACAUGACGCGUAGACGAGUUUGCCGAAACGAUCCUUCAGGCUUGUCGAUCUCAAUGGGAGAAGAUCAGCGGAAACGAAAAAGGGAGGACCCGCAGGACGAGACUCGCUCGACAUCUUCUCUCAAAGACUCCUCACCAUCGAAACCUCCACCGCGACAAUCGUCAAAGAUUACCGUGGCUGGCUUCCCUUGGCAGUAUCUAAAGAUUCGGCUAACGACCGAACCUCCUUCUGCUCUUGAGCAAGUGCACUAUCGGAAUGCUAUCAACCACGCUCUACAGGAAGCCUUUGGAGCGGUGGGGGCGGCACACCAUGUAGAUCUUCUUGAUUUCGAGCAAGAUAGUCAAGAAGGACUGAUAAGAACGCCAUAUAAGUCUCUUCCGACUGUUCGAGCGGCCCUCAGCCUCCUGCAUGAAUACCAAAGCAAAGAGUGUCGAUUUGACGUGCUGGACUCGUCCCCUUAUUUGUUCACAUUCGCUUGCAACAGUCGCCAAUGGAGUAGCCAACACAACCAACACCCGUAGCGUUCAAUUGCAAUGCGAUCCUUACCAUCCCCAAGACUUUCCCCGUUCGCACUACCUAUAUAUAAACCCAUCCUCCCUCACUGUGUAUAAUCUUCGUUACAGACUUUAAUACAUGCUAUUUUUGCCUCCGGA